AUGUCCAAGGAUCAGCCCAGCCCAGGCCCGCUGCGUGUCCUGCGUCUGAAGAAUUCCAUAAACAAGCUGAGAGCGGUGGCCGCAUGGCAUGAGGCACCUCGCCCCGUUUCUUUCCCAAGGGCGCGCCCCACUAGAGGGCCCUGGCGGGAGGAUGCGUGUGCGCCCGAUGGCCUCAGGCACGACUCAGACCCGGUAGAGCCAUCAGAAACCGUACCUCUGGGACCACUUCCACUUCGGCUCCACGAAGUGGGCCUCUCCCGAUCUUGGCAGUUCACGGUGCUGGACCUGGUACAAUCCCUGGGGCAUGGUGCAAGUGGUUCAGUGUACGCGGCUCGACUUGGACGCGUUCAUGGGAGCAAUGUAGCGGUAAAGAUCAUAUCGAAGAAGGAUAUGGAGCCGAGUGUCCUCCAAGCUGUGCUGAACGAACAGGCGGCGCUGAAACGUCUCAUCGGCCUCCCUAGGGUCCUGCAGAUGGAAGCGAGCUUCCACGACGCUAGAAAUUUCUACAUCGUUACGAGCCUUUACGCCAACGGCGACUUGGAAGCAUUUCUAGAUGAUUGCAGCAGGGUUCCAUUGCCACUGCUGAAACCGUGGCUAGCCGACAUCGUUUGGGGACUAGAAGCACUCCAUAAGAAAGGAAUCAUCCACCGCGAUCUGAAACCCGCCAACGUGUAUAUUGAUGACCGCUGGCAUCUGGUCAUCGGUGAUUUUGGCUUGGCCAGGGUUUUCGACUCAAACGGUUCCGAAUCGUUUGAUAUCAGGCCCUAUUGGCUGUCGGAAGAUCAACGGGCAACGGCGGACGAUUGCUGCGUGACUCGGACUUUUUGUGGAAGCCCCGCGUAUUCUGCGCCAGAGCGAGUUUGUGGGUACAAGUAUGGGUUUGAGGUCGACUACUGGUCCAUGGGCAUAACGGCCUUUGAGAUGAUGACGGGUCGACUGCCGUGGUACAACCUCGAUUUACAGGUGCUGGCGUCACGAAUUGUCCACGAGCCUCUGGUGUUUCACGAAGGAGAGUGUGAACAGCCCGCCGCCGCGGACUUCAUCUCGGGGGUGCUCAGCAAGGUACCUAGCGAACGUCCUGACAUUCACGGCAUGAAGUCUCAUCCAUUCUUCCGCGGAUUCGAUUGGACGAGUAACUUCUUUCCUGCAUCCCCUCUGCCAGUUCGACGUCCGCCGCCACCGCCGCCUCAGCGCAGAUCAUCCACUGCGACGAUCAAGAUCGGUCUUCCAUGCUCUGCAACCUUAACCUCCAGUGACCAUCACCCCGAAUUUUACUACCAAUCCGAAUUCAUUCGCCUCGCUUCAACCAAGCUUCGUAACGAUGUCGGUCCACCCGAAGCCCGUUCACCUGGUCGCCAUGGUGGGGCGAUUCCAGACCAGCGGACGACUUUGUCUGCCGUUCGACGCGGUAUCAUCAAAUAUAUUCGGCCACGGCCUCGCUUAAUAGACUGCAACGGAUCAAGAUUGAAGAAAGUAUCAUCAUUGGAAGAAGAUCGUAAUACUCAUACAUCAAUGUCAAUUUCAGAAACCCAUGCAGAGUGUGGUGGUUCCAUAGCGCUCCUAGCCGCACCCGUGUUAGGGCGCUAG